AUGCUCUUGUGGGAGAUUGCUGAAGGAAGAAUUCCUUUCGAAGAUGAAAGAGACUUAAUAGUAAUUUGUGAUAUGAUUGUAAAACAAAUGAUGCGUCCUUCUUUUAGUUCAGAUGUACCUCCCGAAUGGCAAAAAAUUUCAUAUCAAGCAAUGCAAGAUAAUCCAAAUUCACGACCAGCACUUAAAGAUAUGUUUAUGACAUUAUAUAGUCUUCAUCAAAAAUAUCAACCACCAAGAUCACCUCGACCUCCAACUUCAAAUAAUGAAGAACUUGAAUUACCACCAGAUGAUGGUGAUUUGGAAAUAGGUGAUUUUACUAUUAAUGUUCUUACUGUCAAAGAUGCAAUUAAUGAACAUAAAAAGAAGAAUGGUGAUAAAAAAAAAGUUUGGGAAUCUUUUAAAAUUCACGCUGAAGAAUUUCAUGAUAUGACAGCGAGAUAUUGGAUGGGAUAUUAUCUUUAUUAUGAUUUAUGUCCAGCUGAUAAUCCCAUUGAAAAAAAUGUCAGAUUAGAACAAGCGGCCUCAUUAUUUAAGGAAGCAGCCGAUAUAGGAAUAUCCGAUGCCCAAUUACGUUAUGGACAUUGUUUGUGGUCAGGUGAAGGAGUUAAACGUAAUAUAAAAGAAUCUAUGGAAUAUUUUCAAAAAUCCGCAAAUAAUGGAAAUGGUAAUUCUACUGCUAUGUAUAAUAUUGGUAACAUCUAUUUUAAUGGAAUUGGAUUUCCAAAAGAUGAAGAAAAAGGAAAACGAUUUUUAAGAUUAGCCGCAUUACACGGUCAACCAAAAGCUUUAGAUAUGUGUAGAAAGAAAGGAAUUUCUUUGGCGGAUUAA